CCCAUUGCGGCUCUAAAAUCUCUCUCCCCUUCUCGCCUCUAGCCUUUGCCACCGAUGUGCCCUAGAGCUGCCGCUGCCGCUGCCGCCGCGUGCGCCAUGGCUUAGCAUCGCCGCCGGCGCCUCACCGCCUCCACCCAAGCCCCUCGCGCUCCAACCCUCGCCCCUUCCCACUCGCGCCCGUCGCCUCACUGCUCGCGGCCCCAAACCCUCGCGCCUCUCACGCUCGUCGCCAGGUCGCUGCCGGCGCCUCAGCCCGCCCAAACCCUACGCCGCGCAUCACUCCCGCGCGCGUCGCCCGUUCUUCCUCAUUGGCUUCCCUUCGUUCUCUCCACCCCGCCCGCAUCCCUAAUCCCGGACGUCGGGUUUUGUUUGAGAUCAGCCCGUGGGCAUGGCGAGUGCGGAGGCUGCCGCGGAUUCGUCGGGCCCGCGAUUCGCCCCUGAUGACCCGACGCUCCCGGCGCCCUGGAAAGCGCUAAUCGACGGCGCCACGCUCUACUACUGGAAUCCUGAGACGAACGUGACUCAGUAUGACAAGCCGGCUGCCGCCGCAGCCGCAGCUGCGCCCCCGUUGCCUGCGGCUGCGCCGGCUCCUGUUCCUGGGGCUUUUGCGCAGCCUGGCAUGCAGUUGGGCGGCCAAGCUGGGCAGCAGCAGCAGCCCCAACAGACGGCACAGCAACCACCGUUUCAGUAUCAAGCACAGCAGCAGCAGCCCCAACAGACUGCGCAGCAACCGCCGUUUCAGUAUCAAGCUCCGCAAGCACAACAGGUGCCCUAUCAUCAUCAGCAGCAACAAGAACAUAUGGGGAACCAGCAGCAGAUGUCACAGCAGCCACCUGCUCCUCAGUACCCGAACGCGCAUCCGCACCAAAUGCUGUACCAGCAUGGUCCAUAUAUGCAACCCCAGCAGCAGGGACAACAAUAUUCAUACCAGGCAGGCCAGCAUCCACAAAUGCCACAAACUCCCUAUAAUCAAGGCCAACAGCCGCCAAUCCCACAAGCUGCAAAUCAAGGUCAGCAGCCAACGAUGCCACCAGGUGCCUACACUCAAGGUCAGCGUCCACCAAUGCCGCAAUCUGCCUACAGUCAUGGUCCGCGGCCGCCUAUGCCACAGGCUGCCUACAAUCAAGGCCAGCAGCCACAGAUGCCGCAAGCUGCCUACAAUCAAGGCCAGCAGCCACAAAUGCCGCAAGCUGCCUACGACCAAGGCCAGCAGUUACAGGGAGCGAGAAUCCCUCAGAGUCAAGUGCAGCACACUAAGCAAUCACCAGGUUUUCAUCAACCUGCCCAGGCUUCACAAGUGCUGCCAACUUCACAGCCUCAAGGCCUUCAAAUGUCUCCUCGACAGGGCCAACCCCAGCAUGGCUUCCAGUUCACCCAUCAGCAGGGAAAACAGCCGCAUCAAGGCCAUAUUGGGGCCCACGUGAGCCAAUUGUCACAUGGGCAACAAAGUUCCGCAGUUAAGCUUGACGCGGGAGGUCAUGAAGGGAUGCAGUCUGGCUUUGCAUUACCAAUCAGUCUGCAGCGUGGUCAAGCUCCUCCUCUCUCAAACCAGCAGUUGCCCUCUAAUCAUCAACGUCCUGAAGCCCAUAAUCAAUUAAGUAUUCAUGGAGUUCAUGGUGUCGGAGGACCAGCAUAUCCCGCAAAGCAUCAUCUUGGUGGAUCAUCCCCAGGUGAGACUAACAAGAUGAGUUUCAUGAGCUUGCCUGCUCAAGCACAUCAAGGUGGAGUGGAGACAAACUACCGGCAACAACUGCCUAGCAGCCAUGCAGUUCCAAAUCAUAUUACUCCUUCACCAGGUCAACCUCCAAUUGGUUUCAACAGGAGCAGUAGUGAAGAUCAAUUUGAAAAAAACGAGCCUCACUCUUCUGGGAGAUUUGAUGGAAUAAAUGCUCUCCAGCAGCAGCCAAAACUUGCUGCUCUUCCACCUUCACAAAUCCGCCUGCAGGAUAUGAGGAACGGAGCACCUUAUCCUCAGCCAGACAAUUUUGGUGGUUAUAACAUGGCACCUCCGAAUCCAGUGCAAAACCCACAUAACCAUGUUCCAUUUCCUAUCGGAGCUUUAACGAGACCACCGCCUGGAACCUUUUCUCCUCCGGAUUUCCCGAGUGUUGCAUCAGUUGAUGCAUAUCGUGAACACCAUGAAGUCACUGCAGUGGGUGAGAAUGUUCCUCCUCCGUUUAUGACAUUUGAGGCUACUGGAUUCCCUCCUGAGAUCCUGAGAGAGGUCCACGCUGCUGGCUUCUUAAAUCCCACCCCAAUUCAGGCUCAAACAUGGCCUGUUGCACUUCAAAACCGGGACAUAGUAGCCAUUGCCAAGACGGGAUCUGGGAAGACACUGGGGUACCUUAUUCCCGCAUUUGUACAUCUGAGGAGAUGCCAAAACAAUCCAAUGUUGGGCCCUACAGUGUUGGUUUUGGCCCCUACUCGUGAGCUUGCUUCACAAAUACAAGAUGAAGCACUUAAGUUUGGUCGAUCAUCUAGAGUCUCAUGCACGUGCCUAUAUGGUGGAGCACCAAAGCCACCUCAGCUUAGAGAACUAGAGCGGGGAGCAGAUAUUGUGGUAGCUACACCUGGACGACUUAAUGAUAUUCUGGAAAUGAAGAAGAUUAGCCUCCAUCAGAUUUCACUACUUGUGCUUGACGAAGCUGACCGCAUGCUUGACAUGGGUUUUGAGCCACAAAUACGGAAGAUUGUUGAUGAGAUUCCUCGUAAUAGACAGACUCUGAUGUACACUGCCACGUGGCCGAAAGAAGUGACAAAAAUAGCUGGGGAUUUAUUGAGAGAUCCUGUCCAGAUCAAUAUUGGUAGCAUUGAUGAACUUGUUGCCAACAAAUCCAUCACUCAGUAUGUGGAGAUGGUUCCACCAAUGGACAAGCAGCGUCGCUUGGAGGAGAUUCUGAGAGCUCAAGAAAGGGGCUCGAAGAUUAUCAUAUUUUGCUCAACCAAGAAAAUGUGCGACCAGCUUGCUCGUGGCAUUGGUCGUAGUUUUGGUGCUGCAAGUAUUCAUGGUGAUAAAUCACAGGGUGAAAGGGAUCAUAUUCUCAAUCAGUUUCGGACUGGCAGGGUUCCAGUAUUAGUGGCCACAGAUGUUGCUGCUCGUGGACUUGACAUCAAAGACAUUAGAGUGGUGAUCAAUUAUGACUUCCCAACUGGGAUCGAAGACUAUGUGCAUCGCAUAGGCCGUACAGGAAGAGCUGGGGCCACUGGAAUUGCAUUCACUUUCUUCUCCGAACAAGAUUGGAAAUAUGCCGGUGACUUGGUGAAAGUCUUGGAUGGUACUAGUCAGCCUGUACCUCCAGAACUGCAACAGAUGGCUGCACGUGGUGCACCUGGAGCUCCAAGACACCAGGCCGGUGGCAUGAGCCGUUGGGAUGGGCCUGGUGGUAGUAGUCGUUUUGAAUCUGCUGUUAAUGGCCCUGGUGGUUAUGGUGGAUUUAGGGAGGGCCCUGGCGGCUUUGGUGGUCGGGAUGGCCCAGGUGGAUUUGUUGAUCGAGAUGGCCCGGGUAUGUUUGGUGAUCGAGAUGGCCCUGGACGCUUUGGUGGCAGGGACGGUCCUGGUGGCUUCGGUGGUCGGGAUGGUCCUGGUGGCUUCGGUGGACGGAUGGGUCCUGGUGGCUUCGGUGGACGGGAAGGUCCUGUUGGAUUUGGUGGAAGGGAGGGUCCUGGGCCCAGUGGCUUCAGUGGAAGAGGGGGCCGUGGAUCUGAUGGCUUUGGCAGAAGAGGUGGAGCAAGUCCUGGUAGAUUUGGUGGUCAUGGUGGCAGGAGUGAUUCUCCUGGUUUUGGUGGGCGUGGUAGGGGUGAUUCUUCUGGUUUUGGUGGAAGAGGCAGGGGUGAUUUCUCCGGAGGACGCGGUGGGAGAGGCCGUGGAUUUGGAGGGCGGGGACGUUCUGACCGAAGCCCGCAUGAUCGUUUUAUCUCAGAUGGACGUGGAAGAUAUGAUGACCGUCGAGGAUUUGGCGACAAGGGUCGGGGCAGGAGCUACAGCCGUAGCCCUGAUAGAGGCCGCUCGCGAGGCUAUGAUAGAAGAAGUGAUAGCAGGAGCCUAAGUAGCCGGAGCAGAAGCCGUAGCAGGAGCUGGUCACGCAGCAGAAGCCGCAGCAGGAGUUGGUCGCGGAGCCGCAGUCGGAGUCGCAGCAGGAGCAGGAGCCGUGACCAGGGUGCAGGAUUGGAACGUAGGCCACGGGCAAGAUCUGGUUUUGAUGUACUGCCACCUGCAACUGAAGCUGGACCUGUUUUAACUGGGCCUGUACCUGUAUCUGAACCAGUACCUGCUGUUGCUGCACUCAGACCUGGACAAGCGCUGGUCGAAACAUUGGAUAUGUCACCUAUGUCGCCUGGUGGCUUGGUUCAGGAGGGCGGACCAUUCAUUGGUGGGAAUGAUGCCAACAUCAGCAGUGCCCGAGCUGACCAGGCUUCUCAUGGAACUGAUCUUGCAAUACCACCAAGCUUUUCUGCACCGGAAAAUUUUCCAGGUCUGACUGGUCAGCAGGAUGCCCCAUGAUGUAAUCUGGUGGACCCAGCAGGAGCCUACGGCAGGGAUAGAUGAAGGGUGUCAGCCUAUGAUUCGCGUUGAUGGCCAUACUGAAAGUGCUAAUGUAAUUACUAAGGUUGUCAUCUGUGAAACUAGUUCCAUUCCUGUUCUCUGGAUUUGUACCCAUGCAGGUGCCUGAUUAUUGUUGCACAUCUGUGUUGUCGGAUGUUUCUUUGCCUCGUCCAGUAGUGAUGAUUUAUCUAUGUUGUGUAACUUCUCCCCGAGAGGCAGCUGGAUAAACGCUGGUUACGUUUGAGAUGUUAUUUGCGGUUCUGCAGUGCUUUGCUCAGUGAUUUUGCUGGUUUA